CCCCCAUAAAGAUAAGGCAGUGGUAUCGUCCUGGAGUCCCCGGAAACACCGGCGACAGCAGCAGUAUCAGAGCAGGUGGAACUGAUUUUGUUUCAGCUAAAAGUGUAAUAAAUAAAAGGAAAGGUGUCCACUCAUAAAAACAAUCGCCGUCUAGCAGGCAUCGGUAGAACAUCAGAAACGCUGGACAAGCUUAAUAUCUUAGAUUUGAAUGGACAAGGCAGCCAGAAAUACACAGCCCAGCUAGUGAGGCCCAUUAAAGGUACAGUGAUGCCUGUGAAGAAGAAGAGGGCGCUCCCUGAUGCAGAAGAUCAUGGGCGCAAGUGUAAAAUUACAAGUUUCACCCGGCCUCAGAUCCGCGGCGCGAGGCCGAUCAUCGCCGAGAAGCUGUUCUCCAAUAAGAAGUGCCUGGCCUGGUUCCACGGCUACGCCGGCCCCGACAAGGUGGUCGGUCCGGAGGCCAUGGAGAAGUUCUGCGAAGACAUCGGUGUGGAGCCAGAGAACAUUAUCAUGUUAGUGUUAGCCUGGCACCUAGAAGCAGCGAGUAUGGGCUUCUUCACGAAGGAGGAGUGGCUUAGGGGAAUGACGUUACUAGAGUGUGACUGCACGGAGCGGCUACAGAGCAAACUGGAUUACCUGCGCGGUGAGCUCAACGACUCGGCCCUCUUCAAGAACAUCUACAGAUAUGCCUUUGACUUCGCCAGAGAUAAGGACCAGAGGAGUCUGGACAUGGACACGGCUAAGUCCAUGCUGGCCUUGCUGCUAGGGAGGACAUGGCCGCUCUUCCCAGUCUUCCACCAGUUCCUAGAGCAGUCCAAGUACAAGGGGAUGAACAAGGACCAGUGGUACAACGUUCUGGAGUUCAGCCGGACCAUCAAAGCAGACCUCAGCAACUACGAUGAGGACGGAGCGUGGCCGGUGCUGCUGGACGAGUUUGUGGAAUGGAAGAAAACGUGGUCAGCACCAUCGUAGCAGACGACGUCGCAACACCAGAAAAAGAUAAGAGAGGGGGAGGAGAGAGAGAGAGAGAGAGAGAGAAAACAAAAACCACAAACACAGGAGGAAGCUAUCAUUUAAAAAGGAAAACAACUGCAGUUUCAGAACUCACUUAAACCCUUUUGACAGACUUUAAUUCUCUCGCACAAACAUGGACGACGGACUCGUCCGUCUGGGGGGGGGGGACACUCGCGUCGAGAGGCCUUUGUCUCGCUGAGUAGACGUUUUACAGUAAUCUGGAGGAAAGAAAAUGUUCUUAACGUAAGAAGAAGACUAACUCGAAUGAACUGAGAGAAGAGCUGUGGAACUUGUGUUUUUUUUUUUUUUUCUUGGUCAUUAUUUCCCGUCAUGUGUCUUGUUUAUAGAUGUUUUCACAGUAAUAAAAAGGAAAUGGAAGUUUA